AUAGUUUGGAUAAAUUAAACUACCAUGAAAUUGAAAUUGAUUUGAUGUUAAUCCCUCUCAUUGAGGCAUUUUUACAAACACUUGAUAGACAAUAUUAAUAGGCAUUUUUACCACUGCUCACGACGGCUUGAUAUGAACUGUGCUACCCUCAUCACCGUCGCCCACUACCAGAAAAUAAAAGAUACAAGCUUGUUGUCAUCGUGGGUGCUACAAGCUGCAAGAAGUCCUACCUUUCCCUUGGCUUGGCCGCUGUCUACUUUGCUUACUCUCAAGUCAUCAACUCAAAAAAUCCAAGUUUAUGGAGAUCUCGAUAUCACCACCAAUAAAUUACCUUUCCAUUAGUGACUUGGCAUCCCCACCACUUUUGAAUGUGAUCAUUGGAGCUUCUUCAAAGAGCAGAGGAAGAUGGAGAGAAUGAGCAGGGAAUUUGAAAUUCACUGUCAAAUUCAUAGAAAGAACAGAAGCAGUUGGGCAAAGAAGCAAUUCUUAGUGGGUUUUCAUUUGUUUGGCUGGAAAAUGGUAUAGUUUGGGUGUUUGGAUGCUGAGAAAAUGCUUUGAAUUUGGGUGUUUGGAUGCUGAGAAAAUGCUUUGAAUUUGUUUGGUUGGCGAGAUUGGUUAUUGAGAAACUGUCAUUUUCGUUUAAAAAAGAAAAUUUGAUGAG